AUCAAGAAGCGCGGACGUUCUGCAGUAAGGAGAGAGGCCCAGUUUUAGCGAUGGAGCUCUAAUCGAGCGUUUAGCUGGACGGAAAUAAAGACAGAAAGCCAAAACAAACGAUAACUGGAUAAAGAGCAUAAAGACAAAAAGCAGGAGCAAUAGCUUACCUGCGAGCAUGUCUGUGGAAUCCGCUCCAGACGAAGCCAUGAACUCCAGUCCAGCUCCGACUAUGGAGCCCCCUGUGGUUCCUUCACCUGCCUCAGACUCUCAAAACCCACACUCAGGGUCCUCAGAGCCCAAUUUGCAUUUAGACGAACCUGAACCAGCUCCUGCACCACCAGCGGGCGGAAUAUCAGCCUUCAAGAUCAUGACUUUUAGGCCCACCAUGGAGGAGUUUCGUGAUUUUGCAAAGUACAUUGUGUAUAUGGAAACUCAAGGAGCUCAUCGUGCAGGUUUAGCUAAGGUCAUUCCUCCUAAAGAAUGGAAGCCCAGACGCUCCUACGAUACUAUCGAAGACAUGGUCAUUCCUGCUCCCAUCAUGCAGGUGGUUACGGGUCAGUCAGGACUUUUUACGCAGUACAACAUCCAGAAGAAGUGCAUGACUGUGGGAGAAUACCGCAAACUGGCCAACAGCAAAAAGUACUGCACUCCUCAGCAUAAAGACUUUGAUGAUCUGGAGAGAAAGUACUGGAAGAAUCUGACAUUCGUGUCACCGAUCUAUGGUGCAGAUAUCAGUGGCUCACUAUAUGAUCCUGACAUAACGGAGUGGAACAUUGGCCAUCUGAACACGCUGCUGGACAUGGUGGAGCAGGAGUGUGGGAUCGUGAUUGAGGGCGUUAACACCCCCUACCUCUACUUUGGAAUGUGGAAGACCACUUUUGCCUGGCACACAGAGGACAUGGACCUCUACAGCAUCAACUACCUGCACUUUGGCCAGCCCAAGUCCUGGUACGCCAUUCCCCCUGAACAUGGCAAGCGACUAGAAAGACUGGCAAAAGGCUUUUUCCCCGGCAGCUCUCAGGGAUGUGAUGCAUUUCUUCGUCACAAGAUGACUCUUAUCUCUCCCUCCAUUCUGAAGAAGUACAGCAUCCCUUUUGAUCGAAUCACACAGGAAGCGGGCGAGUUCAUGAUCACGUUCCCAUAUGGCUACCACGCAGGGUUUAACCACGGCUUCAACUGUGCCGAGUCAACAAACUUCGCUACGCUGCGCUGGAUCGACUAUGGAAAAAUGGCCACGCAGUGCACGUGCCGGAAGGACAUGGUGAAGAUCUCCAUGGACGUGUUUGUGCGCUGCUUGCAGCCAGAACGCUAUGAACUAUGGAAGAAGGGCAAAGACGCAACCAUCCUCGACCACCAGAAGCCCACCACGCUGAACAGUCCUGAGCUGGAGCACUGGAGAAAGAACAGGGUGACUUUUAGGGAAAAACAGCUCCGCAGAGCUCAGCAGAAAAUAAAGCAGUUACGCCGACUGAAGCCUGAGGAGCUAAAAUUGCUGUCCGAUGAGGGAAUCGAGCUGGACAUGGCUGAUUAUCAGAAGCAGGUGGAGGAGAAGGAGGCCCAGAGGAAGCAGCAGAAGGAGGAGAAGAUGACCAGAGAGGCCAUGCUUACACUGGAGGCACUGGAAAGGGAGGAACAGGAGGCAGCACUCAGAGAAGAAGCUGAAAAGGAGCCAGAGCAGGCAGACAAACAAGAGCAAAAGCAGAAGAAGAAAAAGAAAAAGGUACAAACACCUGAUGAAAGCAGCUUCAUGCAUUACGAGGCCCAGAGUAAGGGAGGCACCGUCAUCGGCAGCUCCGAUCCCAGCUUACAGACCAACUCGUACCCGAAGAUGAAGAUGAAGGUGGAAGUGAAGAAGAGUCGCAGGCAUCCGUUCAGCAAACCACCCAUGCGCACACCCACAUUCAUUGUCAAACAAGAGGCUUCCAGUGAUGAGGAGAUGUACUCAGGGCUGUCAGUAGGCAGCUCAGUGGAACAGGAAGUGAAGAAGCCAGAUCAGUGCCACUUGUGGCAAACCCUUUCACCUGACUUUGUGGCAGAGAAGCAUUUUAAUGCUGGCAUGGCGACUCUGGAGCCACACUGCGCUGUCUGUACCAUGUUCUGUCCAUACACACAGCCACAUAAGGAAAGCUCCCCCGGCUCCGAUGUUUCUGAGUCUCGGUGUGGUGAACAGACUCGGCCCCUUGUGCCUGAGAUGUGUUUCAGUGCUGGGAUGGUGAACACAGAGCCGCUUCCCUCCAGUGCCGAGACAAGCACACUGCUCUCCUGCUCCUGCUGCAACUUGCAGGUCCAUGCCAGUUGCUAUGGCGUUACGCCCGACACUCCACAAGAAAGCUGGAUGUGUUCUCGCUGUUCUGCAGUGGCCUGGACAGCAGCCUGCUGUUUGUGUAAUCUACGAGGAGGGGCUCUGAAGAUGACCACAGACAACAGGUGGGUGCACGUCAUUUGUGCCAUUGCAGUGGCCGAGGCUCGCUUCGUUAACGCUGUAGAGAGAGGCCCAGUCGACGUGUCUGCCAUACCCGACACCAGGAAAAGUCUUAAGUGUGUCUUCUGUCACAAGACCACGAAGCAGAUCUGUGGGGCGUGUAUUCAGUGUUCGUAUGAGAACUGCUCCACCUCCUUCCACGUCACCUGUGCGCACCUGGCCGGGGUGGUGAUGAAGCCCGCUGACUGGCCAUACGUCGUGUCCGUUACCUGUCACAAGCACAAACCGAGCAACAUGAAGCAGGUGAAGGUGACCUCACGUGACCUCGCUCUGGGGCAGCAGGCCAUAGGCAGGAGCAGCGACGGCUGGUUUUAUCGCUGCACCAUCAUCGGCAUCGGCUCACAGACCUACUACGAGGUCAACUUUGAUGACGGCUCCUACUGCGACAACAUCUACCCUGAGAAUGUGCUGAGUCAUGACUGUUUGCGUAACGGCCCUCCUGAACUUGGUGAGCUGAUGGUUAUAAACACGAUAAACGGACGCGUACUUAAUGCUUCCUUCGUCAAAGAACACGUGCACAAAUUUUAUCAGGUGGAGUUUCAGGAUGAGACCCAGCUGUUGUUGAAGCAGAGUGAGAUUCACUCCCUCCAUCAGGAGCUUCCUAAGAGAGUGCAGUCUCGUCUGGUGACCGCGAGCAUUGAUGACUCUCAGGACAAAUUGGGUGACGAGCCUCAGGCUGCAAAGCGUCCACGUUUGCCCAUUUCUUCCGCCACAGCAGCUAUGGAGUCCCUGGAUCCCCCUCUUCUGGUCCAGGCGUGCCCCAGUGUCACCCCUUACUCAGGAUUCAGUGUUACCCCCAGCACCAGCGCAACCCCCUGCCUCUCCAUACAGUCAGUACCCAGUUCCACCCCAGGGCUCGUGUCCUCCGCUGACGAGAGCUACACACACAGCUCAAGUUACAUCGCCUACAUGGAGUCUCUGCUUAACUCGGACUUCCCUCCAGAGGACAACAGUCAGGCCCAGCGGCCCAUGUAUUAGCGCUAACACACUCGGAGGAGAACCUACUGCAUGUUUCUGUUUAUUCUAUUGCUGUUUUUUUUGUUUUUGUUUUUUUACAAUUAUUUUAUUAUUAUUAUUAUAAUAAUAAUUAUUAUUUUUUUUUUACACCCCUGACCACUGCAUAUGGUCAGGGCAAAAGGAAGUGAGUGUGUAUGCGCUUUCUGGGUGUCCUGAACCACUGUCCCUCAUGCAUUAAAUCCUUUCUGAUUCCUUGUGUACGUUCUCUCGCUCAUGGAGAGAAAAAUGGACACGUUUUUUGGACUGAUUAAUGUGCAACACACUUUAUACUGAAUCCAAGCAAUGCAGUUUGAUGUAUUUUUCUAAGUUGAGCCACAACACACACACACAUACACAUGCUUCUGAAUCGGACAGUGAAAACGGACAGUCUGUUCUUGUACAGGAUUUUUUUUUCUCCAUGUUUGGAGGGACGGGAGGUUGAAGGUGUCUGUGGGACGGGGUAGAGUGGGUGGGGUUUUUGGGUGGAUAACAAAUCGGGGUUUAACUCAAGUAUUUAAACGUCUUUGACACAUAGAUUUAUUAUUUGUAUAAAGCAAAUACGGCGCCGUUAGAUGCUCCGCUCUUUUGCCUGAGAGUCGGUGUAGAGGUGAUGUGUUUAUGAAUUCUUGUUAACGCUUAUACUCGAUACGUCAUGGUGUAUUUUCAGUGCCGGGUGUUUGGGUUUUGUAGCAGACUUCGUUAAAAAAAAAAAAAAGCUGUAGACUUGAUUCUGUAUGGGAUUUCCUGUUCACUCUGUUCACUUUUAUUAUGAUCACUGUCUCUUUGCUGUUGUUUCUAGUAGUCAACAAUCUCAUAUUUCCAUCUCAUUCUGAUGUCCCAAAAGCCCUUUGCUCGGUGAGGACGCCCCACAUGAUGUUACCGUCUUCGAAAUAUCGGGUGUACUUGAUGAACAAAAAAAAAUGUACAAAACUUAACCCAUUUAGCAAAGACGUUUGGUGUCUGACUAACAGACGUCUAUGUCUCCCCCAAAAUGUCCGAAUCUUUCCGCACCCCGUUAAGACCAAUGUCCAUUUUAAAGCACUGUUUUCUGACUAGUGCUACAUAUCACGUGAAAGCUAAACACAUGCUUAUUCUAGGACACAAAGAACAGAAUACUGGCUCACGCUGCAGCACAGGGCAGCAUAAUAACCCAUUCUGAAGAAGCACAACCCUCUUUUACAUUCAUGAUCUAGUGCGCUAAUGUCACUAUGAUCGAGCGAUCAGCCAAUUUUGCUCUCUUAGACUCCCAGACAUGGCAUCGCUGGGAUUCCUAUUCAUGAUCUGGUAAUAAGGUGAACAUGAGAUAGACUUCAUUACUUGUGAGUUACAUCAGCUUGGUAACACCGAACACUUUUGAGUACGUUCGAUUUGCUUUAUUUCUUUUUUUUUUUUGUUGUGCCGACUCUAAUAUAGUACCCAAUGAUCCUGAAUUAAAAGCUGGUGUGAAUACUAAGAUGAACUUUGGCGGUCAAUAUUGUAUCUUCAUGUAUACGCCGUUCAGGUGGACGGAACAUUAGUGUGAUGCUGAUCCUCUGUAUCACCAGGGCAUCUCUAGUUUCUUUAGUACUUACCAGGUUGGUGAAAAGAAUAGCAGCACAGGAGUGACCUUUUUGUGUAAACUUGUGUAGAUCAAAAAACCCUGUAUACGAUUAGCGUUAAAGUUGUGAUCAGGCUUUCUCAAGGUGCUACAAAAGUCUGAGAGGCCUUGUAUCACAUUCUUGUACACACACACACUCACACACACACACGUGGUGUACAUACCAUAAACUUGACUCAUUAUGAAGUGAUACAUUAUAGACUCCUAUAGUGUCAUAUACAUUAGGAAUGUCCUACUAUGUUCUAUAUCUUUUUAUACCUCUUUCUGUCUGUCUCUCACUUGGAUGGUGCGUUUGAGUUUCUCUCUCUCUCUCACACACACACACACACACACACCAUUAAACGAUGGCGACAGACAGCCUGGCAAGCCAAAGAGUUUCUGAAUAAGGCAGUGUUAUGUCAGAAUUUCCCCAGCAAACUCUGAGCUGUUUGAGAGAUUCUCUUUAUGUUUUCUCAUCCUCCUUUCUCACCGUUUUUUAGGCGUUUAUAUAACAAAAAGUAGGUUUAGGAACCAGAAAAUCUGUCUUAUGAGAUGACCGUCAAGGAGCUGGUGUCAGAUCUAGAAGUGUGUUGUGCCAUGCCGGACUCGCACGCUCGCUCUCACUCGCUCGCUCUCACUCGCGCUUCCUAAUCACUUCUAGCAGGAGAUUGCUACUGGACUCGAUAGCAGUGAUGUCAUUGUGUCUUCCCCAUAGCAACAGACCACCAUUGAAAUACAUCUCAACAUCUGUGGUGGAUUAGAGAGAUUAUUGUUGUGGAAAACAAACAGAAAGCAUCCAGUUUUCUAUAACAUUAAUGAACUUUGAGCCAUAAAGCCAUUUUAAAAAAGCCCUUAUGUGGACCAUACAUGUCUAUCAUAUCCAUACAUGUAUAGAAUUAUAUCUUUGUCUGCACCAUGGAUUACAUUAAUAAAGCCCUAGAUAGGCAACAAAGUGGAGUAAGCACUACUGAGGGAAUAUAUAUGGUUCUAGAAAUACACCAUAGACUUGUUUACUUUUUUUUUUUUUACCACCUUUUUAGGUAUAAAUGACAUCAUAAUGAUGUAUCAUGUAUUUUGUUUCUAGAUACAGUAUAAUAAAUGAUUUUUCAUUCAUCAAAAUCUUAAAAUAUGGCUUUAUUCCAUUCUGAGCUGCACUUCAUCACAUCCAUGGAGGAUCUGUUAACUUUAGACAUUAUAUGCAAAAUGAAGAGUUACGUUUCAAUCAUUAACACAGCGCUUAAAUGUAGUGUUCUGGAGAAAAAAAGCACAGAACUGGAGCUCCUACAUGACAGCCAAUAUAGAGUGAUGUCAUGAGCUAUCUAGGUCUCUAAUUUGUAUAUUUAUGGUGUAGACACAGAAGGUGGGUCAAAUUGGAAAUUCUUACAUUUGGCUCAUAAAAUGUUAGUCGUAAAAAUACUUCCUAGUUCCCCGAACCUACAAAGAAGUGGUUGUGUCUGCUGCAUCUAUGCUCUCGAGUCUCUCUCUCAGCUCUCAGAGUGGGGAUUUUCUAAGACUCCAUGUUGCAUUCCUCCAUAUUUAAACCUACAAGUAGGACUUGCUUGGUCUCUGAUGUGAGACAGUCGCUCCACGUCUUCUCUCAUCUCCUGUCGUCUGUAAUCAAACGCACUGUUUGCUCACUCUAUGCCGUUGACUGCUUCACCGAGAUCACAGGCGGUUUUUGUGGAAAACUUUGUUCUCUCGGUAUCAAUUCAGUUUGCAAUAACUCUGUAACCUCUCAAAAAGGGCAAGUCGACCCCAGAUCACAAGUUCUGCUGUUUGUAGAUGUUCAUAAAUUACAGAAAUUAUGGGAUAAAUUCUAUUAAAAUGUGAAGUGAAUCUCUGA